AUGUCGUCCUCGCCACCCUUACAUCCAUCUACCACCCACUACGAGGACGAACCCCAACCUCCACCACCUAUGACACCCCUCGACCCACCUGACGUCCCCGCUAUACUACGUUCCAAACGAUCUUGGAAACGACAGAUACUGUCUCUGGACUUACCUCGGCCAAUGCAAAUAGCCUUGACAUGUUUUAGUAUAGCUAUAAGCGCAGUGACUGCCAAUGGGGUAUAUUGCUGGGGGACUUACGGACCUGUAGUGGCCAAAUUGUUGGAAUUGGAUGGUACACAGGCUCAGACAAUUGUAGUAGGAGGUAUACUGGGUGUAUAUCUCUGUGCGGCUCCACUGGGAGCAUUGACUGAUAAAUAUGGUCCGAGAACUGGGUCUCUCGUAUCUGCUUGUCUCGGUAUCAUAGGCUAUCAAUCUUUCUCUGCGAUACUCCGAAAAGCUUCGCCCGAUACAUCCCUCGUUCACUUGUAUCUCACAGCAGCAUAUUUUUUAGUUGGUGCAGCUACUGUUGGAUCAUACUUCGCAGCUUUGACUUGUGCAUCCAUAUCAUUCCCUUCUCAUCCUACACUCGCUCUUUCCCUCCCACUAUCACUUAUCGGUCUGUCAGCUCUAGUCCUCUCAUCAUUCUCCUCAUUACCCAUAUUUCAAGCAGAAGGCUCAACAGACCUGGAUCCAGCUAGAUUCUUAGCUUUCUUGGGGAUACUCACACCUUCAAUCAACGUUUUUGGAUGGUUAUGUAUGAAAGUCAUACCCCAACCUGAACUAUUCGGCGAAAUCAAAUUACCUGAAGAUAUUGAAUCUCGGCAACACGCAGAUGAUGAUGACGAGGACGAUGAUAGUGACGAUGGUAGUGAUUUAGGAGAGAUGAGUGAGAGUAUAGGACAGCUCUUGAGAUUGGACGAGAGAACACCAAUGUUGAUUGGUGGUAUUGAAGCUGCUUGGGAAGAGGUGGAGAUGAUGGAACAAGGUAAAGAUAGUUGGACGGCGAAAGAUUUGGUAAUGGACUAUAAAGGAUUUUGGACCUUUGGGUUAUUAUUGGCUUUGAUCAUUGGUCCUGGAGAAAUGGUAGUAGCUUCAAUUGGAUCAAUCAUCACAUCCCUCUUACCACCCACAUCACUCAAUCCUUCUUCUCUGAUCGUCAACCUAGUCACGACGACCGAUCAGAGUCCCUUGGCAUUACGAAACAAGCAUGUUUUCCUCUUAUCGCUCACUUCAACCUUAUCACGUCUGAUUACAGGUGUCCUAGCAGAUUAUUUGGCACCCCCGCUCACCGCUACGCCCAAUCCUGCCCAUCGACGAGAUCCCACUCAACAUUCGCAUUUGUUCAUCAGGAAAAGACCGGUGAGGUUGAGCAGAUCUGCAUUCGCUUCGAUAGCAGGAUCGACGCUGGGAUUGGUAUUUGCCUGGUCUGCUGGUUAUCUCAGUGGUAAAGGGGAAGAUCUCAGUGUGUUAAGUGGUGGGACGGGAGCGAUGUACGGUGCGAUAUUUACACUUGUCCCCGCCAUCGUAUCGCAUCAUUACGGACCGACAAAUUUCGGUUUAGCAUGGGGUAUGAUCUCGUAUUUUGCUGCUUUGGGCUCAGUCGUAUAUUCGUACCUCUACGCAUACCUGUCUGUACCCGAAUCAGGCAAUCCCUCAGACCAGUGUUAUGGCCCCCACUGUUUCAGAAUCACAUUCGUGGUAUGCGCGAUUAGUUGUUUCGUAGGUGCUGUUGGGGUCGUCAUACUUGGUAGGAAAUGGAAAGUGUAG